AUGCUGUCCACCGUGUCAAAACAGUUCCAUCAAGCAGUGUCCAGUGUUAUGUCAAACACUGUUAUACCAGAGCUGUUUAUUGGAUGUACGAUCAAACACAUUGGUUCAACACAUUGUCUGUUCAAGUCACCUCCACUUCAUAUCAAAGCAGAGAACUUGGACUACAUACCCAAGGAACAUCUCGAGACAUGUCUGGACCGACUUGAAUCAUUGGAGGUACCAAUCAAUCUAUUAGAAUACCGCCGGAUUGGACUGAUCAAGAUUAGGGCCCCAAACGCCAAGCACAUCAAGUUUGUUGAUGGUUCCACCAAGUGUGUUGAUUCACAUUGGACUGAAUCUGGGACAACCAGUGUGGGAGUCAGCAAGUUUAAACGCAACCCUGAUAGGCACUGCUAUGACAAAUUCUUUGCACAAUUGUUCCAGUCCUACAUCAAUCAAAAUAAUUCUGAUCAAUGGAUUGAGAUUGUCUCGCGAUCACCUAUUGGUCCACCAUCACUGCCCCGGCACUUCAAAGGACGCUUCAGCUUCACGAUGGACCUGUCAACCAACCGCAUGGCUUCAUUUGAUAUGUUCUUCGAGUCCGAUGAUGAAUCUGAUGAGGACUAUAUAGAUAUGGGAGAUUACUCUAGUUAUUAUAUCGCACCUAAUCCUCAACUUGUCACUACAUUGAUAGUUCGAUUCUUCUUUGAUGGUGAUUCAAUGGUCGAUCAGUUUCCAGAGUACAGGAUGUUGUGA